UGUUAAACUAGCGGAAGACGAAGAUGUAGCAAUCACGCUUCGCGUGCAGGUUCACGCGUAUCGGCUCAGUAUUCGUCGUCUGUUCCAAUUGCUGCCGCAUAUUUUGAAAGAGAAUCAGUAUACUGCCAUGAGUGAUCAAAAGGAUCAGGCUGACGCCAAUGCUGCAACUCAAGGGCGUCCUCCAUCCGGUUCGGAUGCAACACUGUCGGCGCAAAGGCAACGGAAGAAGCACAGAAAGAAGCACAAGGAAGAAGGAAGUAAAGGAGCGAGUUCGACCGAAAACAUCUCCUCGCCAGCUAGCUUGGAAGUCUCCAGCCUGGGCACUCAUCCUCGAAGUCCAACGAGCUCUGCACCUCCAUUACCGGGUAGAGUUGUUCCUGCUGCAGUUAUCGUUGACAGCCCCAUUGUGGAGGCUCAAGGGCCAGACAUACGAGACCCUUCUACCUUGACUAAUCGGGAAGUUAUUGAGCGAGGACCUCCGGCAAAGUCUGCUGCAGCGCCAGGUGUUCUGGUGUCGGUUCCUGAGCCUUCUGAGAAGUACCUCAACCGACGUAACAAGGGCGGAAUGAACAUCGGCAUUGCGUUGCUUGUCGGGGCCCUUGUCACAUUCGCUGUGUGGGUGGUAUUCCUGUCGGUCAUGGACAAGCAUCCCACGGAGAAACACAUCGUGAACGAUACCAGGACGACCCAUGACUAGCAUUUUGAAACUUCUAUUGUGUAACGAAAUUCUAUAGACGGUCAGUUGAAAGCUCUGUCGCACGGUGUACGUGGACGUCUUCAAGCUCGUCACGGCUGCUGCCUCCGUUGAAAAUACAUUACAAUACAAAAUACUUA